CCCCCCUCUCACCAUUGCACACACACCACCCCAACACACACAACACAAAACACACUAACUACAAGACUACUUGUACUACUACUCUUGCAAGAAGAAGCCAAAGAACAGCUCAAGUGCAACUCUACUUGUACACGCCAUGAGGCCAGUAGCCGAGCUCGCGAGCGCGCCGGCGUCGUACGCGCACGCGGCGAACGGGACGGCGGCGCACUCGCCGUGGCAGUCGCCGGUGCCGUACCUCUUCGGCGGGCUGGCGGCGAUGCUGGGGCUCAUCGCGUUCGCGCUGCUCAUCCUGGCGUGCUCCUACUGGAAGCUCUCCGGCUACCUCGACGGCGGCUCGGGGAACGGCCAGGCGUCCGGGUCGGCGGCGGCGGGGGAGGGCGCCGAGGGGGAGAAGGGAUCGGCGGCCGGAGCGGCCAGGCCGGCGCUGGGGUUCCGGGAACACGUGGUGGUCAUCAUGGCCGGCGACGAGAGGCCCACGUUCCUCGCCAUGCCGGCGACGAGCCGGCCCGCCGUCGAGCUCGGUGCCGCCCCGGUGGCCAGCUCGUGCGGCUGCUCGCACUCGGAGGAGGAGAAGAAGGUGGAGGAGGUGAGCUCGCCGCCGCCGCCGUCGGAACGCGACGCCGACGACGACGCGGCGAGCCGACGCCAUGAAAGCAGCAGUAAUACAAGGCAGCAAGAAAGCUCGCAAUAAAAGCAGCCGUUUCUUCAGUUUUUUUUUCUCUCCUUUUUUUGGGUGGAGUGAUCACUUUUUUCCCUCCUCUUUUUUUUUUUAACUUUCUGUAUGAUGGUGGUGUUAGAUUUUAGCUGGACAGGUAGUAGAUUCUUGACUUGAUUGGUUGGGUGAAAUUAAUGAGCCGCCAAACUUCGCUAGAAGUUUUGCAAAAUGGAAAUUUGCUCUGCAAUCUGUGUGCUUAAAAUUUGAGUAUGUUUUACAAUGUCCAUAAAACUAGUAAAUUAUAAUUUAUC